GUCGAGUUUUUUAGCAUCCCAUUUUUUGCAUUUCAAGUUAGUUUGAUUGUGAUUUGAUUUAGUUUGAUUUUGAUUCGAUUUACGUUUUUCCGGAUUCAACUCUGUUAGAAACUGGAAAGCAAAUACGAAAUCACUCAAGCUUGGAUCUAGGUUUUGGGAAUGGAGGGUUGGGAUCCAAAUACGAAAUCAACUCUCACACAGAUCCCACUUCUGACGGCGAAAGCAGGGCCGCGAGAUGGCGCAGCCUGGACACAGCGGCUCAAGGAGGAGUACAAGGCACUUAUCACCUAUACGUCGAUGAACAAGUCGAGGGAUAAUGACUGGUUUCGUAUCUCCGCCGCUAACCCGGAAGGGACUCGGUGGACCGGCAAGUGCUGGUAUGUCCACAAUCUUCUCAAGUAUGAAUUUGACCUCCAAUUUGACAUCCCUGUCACCUACCCCGCUACCGCUCCGGAACUCGAGUUGCCCCAACUCGAUGGGAAGACUGAAAAGAUGUAUCGAGGAGGAAAGAUUUGCUUGACGGUGCAUUUCAAGCCACUCUGGGCGAAGAAUUGCCCGAGGUUUGGAAUAGCACAUGCCCUCUGUUUGGGUCUCGCGCCAUGGCUUGCAGCAGAAAUUCCAGUUCUUGUUGAUUCUGGCAUGGUUAAGCACAAAGAUGACGCUUCUUCAACCUCUGAAUCCUGAUGAGAAUUCCAUCUCCCUGCAGUUCUAUCCUGGUGAUAUCCAUACAUGUUUUGUGUUGUAGUUUUAAUUUAUUAUUAAGAAAUAAACUAAAUCUUGCGAUGUAGGUUCAAGAUGCAGGGAUUUUUCCAAAACGCCUAAUACCAACAAUACAUGAUUGACAGUCUCUUUUAUUGACAUCUGAUUGUGAAUUUGUGAUAUAUAAAACAAAUGCUAGAAGGCCAUCAUGGUCUUACAAUUGGAAAUGAGGAUGGCAUUGUAUAAUUGUUCAUCUUUGUGAUGUGUGAUGUUUGAUUUUAUAGAUCAUUCUCCUGUAGUUACACUGGUUUUUACAUUUUGGCAUUGUGAUAUGCUCUGUGUGUUUAUGUUUAGUCUCAAACCCUUAUAUCUAGGGGUUGGUAAGAAUCUUGAUCUUGUUGUCUCAUUGUGAUGUAUCCCGAAAUCGUACUGGUGUUGUUUUGUUCCCUUUGAGACCCGAUCAUUUUGUCCUGCACCGAUCACGUACUGGUUUAAAGAGGGAUAUGGUUGGGACACCGGAAUGUUAUCACGAA